GAUAUAAGUAUGGUCAUGGAACAACUGGCAAGAUUUAAAUCCCCCCCCUAAAUUGAGGUUGUUUAAUUAAUGAUCUUUACCUACUUCUCCCAGCACAGUGGGGACAAAGAAGCAGAUAAACAAGGAUCGAGGACAUUAUUUUUCCCUUUGGAAUUGGGUACAUUGUACAUUGCAAUGAUAGGUCACACUCUGUGCACUCACCAAGUAAGAGAAACUACAAGGACUUGAGGUGCACUUACAAGGUGCCAUGGUGGCUAUUUGGAGACGUGCAGAUCACAUAGUCCUGCAUACUAUGUCAGAGGAUGUUGGCCACGCGUCAUCUUCGUAUUGACAUUCCUAAGAUGUUGAAUGACCUCCCCCCCUUACCUAAUAAUCCCUCCCUCCUACACACCCACAUCUCUCUAGUCCCCGCCCCAGCCCUGAUGAGAGAGGAGAGAGGGUCUGGUGUCAGCACUAGGGGAGAUCUUGUGGAGGGCAGGGGGAGAAAAGAGAGCUGUGGUUGGAUUAUGAUCGAGCAUACAUUCAUGGAUAGAAUUACAAUGGACUCCUUUCUUCGGUCGAGGCUUCCGUCACUUCAAGAUGGAUCCUCCAGUGGCUGUAUCCAGUUUCUACUGUCAGUGCUGCUCACCAAGGGAGUUGCCAGCAUUCAGUCUGAAAUGGAUGAAUCCAAUGGUCAUCUUAUUGGAGCACAUGGGUAUUGCACUCAGGAGCUGGUUAACUUGCUACUGACUGGGGUGGCAGUUUCUAAUGUCUUUGACGGGGAGGUGGACAUGGGCAGUAAAGGAAAAGAAAAGCUAAUCCUCCGAGGUCUAAACAAACAAAGUGAGAUCGGAUUGUUAUCACUAUUUGAGCAUUAUCAGUCAUGCAUGGUUGGGAGUAAUUACAAGGACCCUGUCUAUCCUAUAUGGGUGAUCUGCAGCGAGAGCCACUUCUCAGUGCUGUUCUCUCAUCAGAGAUUGCUGCGUGAGAAUCCGAGACUCCAAAGGAGAUUUGACUUACAUUAUUACGAUGGUCUGGCUAACCAGGACGAGGCCAUACGACUGACUAUAGACAAUGCAGAGGGGAGAGGGUCGUUGGUGGAGGAUGCAUUGACCCCACCACUGGAGCUGUGCAUUCGGACUAAGUGGAGGAGUGUCACUGUGAGCUGGAAUGAAUCAGAACCAAUUUUGUAGAAUGUUAUACUGUACGCAUGUAAACAUGCACCCAUCAUCUGUGAGUCAUGAUCAGACAUUACUAUAUAUAAUUUUUUAACAUCAAUAAUUAUGGUUAUUAUGGAUAUGGUUAGUCUCAUAACCCUUCUUUUGGACGCAAACUAUAGAUACUUGUACUUGUGUGUGUUUUUUAACUGUUGAGUCAUAUUUUCA